AUGUCCGAGCGUGCAAGUGAAAUCACAUCCCAGAGGCCCAUGAUAUCACAGAUACAUCCUGCCAGGACGGCAGUAACCCCCAUCAUUCCGGAACGCUUGGUUGUCAAUCUGGAGCCAACUACCAAGUCCAUCUACGCCAAUGGAGACAGUAUGGACAGACAAUGGGUGGGCUACAACUAUUGCGACUGCGAUUGCCCAGCCGUAUUCUGGCUCACUUCCAGAGGCAUGCAACGACAUCAAUACUGUUCGGCCUGGUCGCGUCAACCCGUGGAUCCCUUGCAAUUUUUGCAACUCUUUUCCAGACGGUUGAAUAUUUCACCGAGGAUGACUUUAUAUGUGGGUAUCGCAAACGCACUUGCAGAGAACGAUCGCCACUCAGGGAAUGCGCCCCUUGUACGCUCCUCGUUUUGCCCGGCUUUUGCCCAGCACCUGGAUCUCGAUAGCCGCGGAUAA